UUUAUGUGCCUAAAUGAUAUCCUGAUUUAUAAAUCUGCAAUACUCUGAUAAGUAAAUCAUACAGUAUAAGGAUUCAUGCACAAUACAGGGUAACUAUUCUACUCUGAUACUUCCCCUGAUUGAAGAUAGCUGAUCGGCACGGGCUAAGUGUGUCGCAGUCUGUACAAUGGACAAUGUUGUUUACUGUUGGAAUACAAAUGGAGUGUAUCGUUUUGUUUCAUGGAUUAUGCUAAUAAAGGGAGUUUUACUACUACUUUGAGUAUUUUCGACAAGUGUACACGUACAUUUGUACAUCCUCGGUCCUUUACAGAUAUUACGAGUAGACCCAGAAAUUCGGACUCAGACAUGGACAACAGCCAUGAAUCCGCUCCUUUAAGCAAAACAAAAGAAGACAAACCAAAAAUUCAUGAUGAAGAAAAAAGUGAGAAACACAGAAGAACCAUUGGACGAUUCCGCAUCAUGGUGUUUGCCUUGGGAAUUUUUAUACUCCUUCUUCUGAUCAUUGUUAUAGUGGUGGCAGUCAUGAAGAAAGUGGAGACAAUCCCACCUUGUUCGUCAGGUCAGAGCGUGGAUAUAUCGGAACCAGAUAAUCCCUCUAUAUUCCACGAUUUAACUUCUAAGGAGGUAAAAGGGAUGAUGGAAUUUCUAUACAAACAAAAAGAUCUCAACUUGACAAGGCCAGAUAAAAUCGAAGUGAAAACGUCGUACAUUUUUACAGCAGAACUCCAUCUUCCAGAAAAGGCUGAUGCCGUUUCUUUCCUUGCAAGUGGCACGGGCCAGAGACCACCUAGACAAGCAAGAGUGAUAAUUUUUCGUGGAGAUUUACUCAUACCAAAAAUUAUGGAGAUAGUUGUCACUCCGCUUCCCAAUCCUACGCAUUACACGAUUUGGAAGGAUGACAUCCCUUUUGGGUAUCGUCCGGUUACUGGUCCAGAUUACGGUGGAGCUUUAGGAAGCAUCACUUUGGAGACAGAUAAAAAAGCACGCCAGCUUCUGUUGGAGAGUUUUGGCGGGGCACUUACGAACUGUGGUGAUACUUGUCUUACCUAUAAGUAUAUCACGCCUGUGUCGUCUGCAAUCAGUGGUCGGAACAGACGACAGUAUUGGUUCUGGAUGUCUCAAUUCGUAGAAUUUUACAUACUUCAUCCUGUCGACUUUGCUGUUUUAGUCGAUAUGGACGAUCCAUCAUAUCCUAUUGAGAAGGUAUGGUACAAUGAGCACACGUUUGAUACUCUCGAUUCUCUUGUUAAACAAUACAAUGAGGAUAAGGUGCUAAAGAAACCCCUGCUAUUUCCCAAUUUGUCUGAGACCCUGUUCUCCACGUUACACAGACGAGGAACCGAGUUUCCGAAAACAUCACAACGUCCACCGAUUUCCAUUGAACCAGACGGUCGAAGAUACAGUGUAAAAGGUCAGCACGUGAAAUACAUGAAUUGGGAGUUUGAUUUCAGAAUGUCUACUACUCGAGGCCCGCAACUUUACGACAUUCGUUUUCAAAACAACCGAAUUGUUUAUGAACUUGCUCUACAGGAAAUAAGUGUGUUUUAUUCUGGUUAUAAACCUACACAGAUGUUUUCAAACUACUUUGAUUCGAGUGCUAUGAUUGGUCCACAGGACAAAGGAUUAGUUCCGGGUGUUGACUGCCCAUCCCAUGCCACGUUUGCGCACGCAUCACAUGUAUUGGAAUCCUCUGAAAAACUCAUCACUUUCAAAAACGCAUUUUGCCUUUUUGAAAUCAACACUGGGACGCCUCUUCGAACGCAUCAUUCUUUCUCCCCCUUCCAUGGCUCCUUUUAUGAAGGGAUGCCUAAUUCUGUUCUUAUCCUUAGAGCGGUCCUCACCGUGGUCAAUUACAGCUACCUCGUGGACUUCAUAUUUUACCAAACGGGAGCGAUAGAAGUUAAAACAGUGUCAACAGGUUACAUACUCUCCACUCCUUUUACAGCCAACGCCCCAAAUUUUGGAGUUCAAGUAAGCGACAACAUCAACGGCAACCUUCACCACCAUAUGUUCAGCUACAAGGUAGAUUUGGAUAUCGAGGGGGCGAUGAAUCGCUACAGAACGCUGAACAUCUCCACAGUUGCCUCCGCCAAUCAAUUCAAUCCAGACCCAAAUGCAAAAAUUGUUCAAGGACAGUUUCUGGUCUCUGAGAAAACGACGGAAAGCGAAGCUGCGUAUAAGUUCAAUUUUGAUACCCCAAAGUAUCACUUAUUUUAUAACAAUUUGAAAAGGAACAAGUUCGGCGUUCCUAGGUCCUACAGGCUUUUAAGCCGAGGAAUGAGUAAACAGUUGUUGCCGGAGGGUCUAGGGAACGAACCGGCCAUGGCCUGGAUGCGCUAUCAAAUGGCGGUCACCAUGCGAAAAGAACACGAAAGAAUAAGCAGCUCCAUUUAUAGUGGGUUGGACGCCAAAGAUCCUGUUGUCAAUUUUGAUCACUUCUUGAAAGACGACGAUAAGAUUGUUGAUGAAGAUUUGGUUGCCUGGGUGAGUUUGGGUGUUCAGCACAUACCCCACUCAGAAGAUCUUCCGGUGACCCACACACCGGGCAUGGACCUCAGCUUCUUUCUUUUACCCUACAAUUACUUCACAGAGGACCCUGCAAUGGGGUCACGUGAUUCCGUCAGAAUAGAACCUAACAUCUAUAAUAAUCCAAAAAGUGGCGUUAAAGUAUCUGGAUUUGAUAAUGAAGACUUACAGUGUAAACCCCCGGUAAACAACUAUCAACAAGCUGUCGAGGCGGAUCCUAGUAUUUUAUUUGAAACUCAGGAGGGACAGGGCACUUCCAUAUAAAUGUUAACUCCAUAACAAAGUAGUGGUCAUGAGUGAAUAUUCGAUUGAUGAUUGCGUGGGUAAAUGUAGUGAGUUUUUGAAUUGUAAUACCCUACCCCCCCCCCCCCCCACCCGCCCCAAAGCAAACUCUAGUUAACUGUAGAUAACUGCCAUUUAGUAAAUGAUUAAGUUUUUACUAAGGUAAUCAAUUGCUAAGAUUUUAAUACAUUUAACUCUAGUAAAUCAAGAUUUUUUACUUUAGAAAAUCAAAGUAUCAAAGUUUUUACUGUAGUAAAUCUAAUUUUCAUAUACACAUGUACUUGACAAUAGUAUCAAAGUUUUUCCCCAUUGUAAAUCAAAUACUAGUAUCAAAAGUCUUUAAUACAGUAAAUGAAAUUAUUAUUUCGUUGAAAUAUUCUACUUAUUUAAAUCAAAACUAUUACCAAACUUACUCAAAUAUCAACAACUUUUUACUCAAAUAAUUUAAAAGAGCUUAGCAUUUUCCUUUGCUAGGGUUAUAAACCUGUUCUGUGGGUUAAACUUUGAAAGUUAACACUGAUGUGAACAGAGUGUGUAAAAUAUCAUGGUGGAGAGUACAGAUGACCAUUUUUAAAUGACUACGAAUUCGUAUUGCAUCGACAUUUCGAUUGCAAGAGAAAGGCAGGCAGAGAAAUGUACUUAUCUCCAACUUCACACCAUCAAAGGAUAUACACUACCAACUGUAACCUAAACUGGUAGUUAUUUUCAAUAUUUUACAUUGAUAUAUAUAUAUAUAUAUACAUGGACUAUAUCGAUUUAUAAGGCUGUUGAGAAAUAUUUUAAAAGCGAUCAGCGAUUAUUUUGCACAGUAUUUUCAGUGAAUGGAGGUGUACAUAAUAUAAAAAUGUAUAUUUUUCAUGUACAUAUAUGUUACAAUAAUUUUUUCUCACACAUAAAUAAAUUACAUAUGUACACAUACGAUAUUUUUGUCUACAAAUCCUUCGAAAAUCCCAUUGUAGGCUACUGAUGUGUAUUGUAUACGAGUCGCGUGUAAUGUCCCCGCUUUUGUUUUGUGCCACAUUGUAAAACACUUCAUACAAUUUUUAUGGUUAUACCAGUUUGAUAGUUGUUGAACUAUUGAAUUAAAAAAUCUCAAUAUUGUC